CACGCGACACACACGACACACACACACACACACACAGCUUCUCCUCUCAGAUAGGUGACAGGUUCAUCAGAGCAAUGGCACAAAGCAUGAGCCCUACAUUUCCCAUCAUAUCUCUUUUAACUCUCUGGAUUGGAGGUUCUGUGGGGAUCAUCACAGUGGAUCAGUCUCCUGCAGUCAUCAAUGCCCAGCCUCAGGACACUGUGCAGAUUCUUUGUCGAGCCUCACAAGAUAUGGGCAAUGAUAUGGAGCUGUACCAGUUUAAACCUGGACAACCACCGAAACACCUCAUUCAUGACAGUACCACCCGGAUGUCAGGCACCCCAGAGCGUUUCAGUGGCUCCUACACUGGGGCUCUGACCACCUUCACCAUCAGUGGAGUGCAGCUGGAGGAUGAAGCCGUGUACUACUGCCAGCAGAGUGAAGAGUAUCCCGUUCACACAGCGUCUGUGGUUACCACUAUGCGGCGCGUCACUAUGCCCAUAGUGCCUGACGCCGCGAGGAACCAGGGGGUUCUCCAGAUUGCCAGGGUUUUCCUCCAUCUGGAGGACACCGUUAUUCUGCGGUAUUUGUCUUUGACUAAGUUGAGUCUCAGAGACAGAUACCACAUUUGGAAAGGCCGCAUGCGCAACAUCCCCAGCGGGAGAGCGAUCGCGGCCGAUGCCAUCAUUCCCAACAGGCGUUGGCAGCACAGCGACGGGACUGACUGUCCUAAUGCACGCAUGAUCGGAUGGCAUUUAUUCGGUCUUGAGACAACCUGA